AUGUCAUCAUCUACGGUUUUUAGGGGCUGCCAAGCGCUCAUGGCAGCCGCGAAGGCGGCAAGAGCAUCAGUUGCCACCUCCUCUGAGGUCGCUGCUCCGAAGCCUCGCGCACCGUCUCGCAGUGGCGGCAUCUUCAAGGUCACACCCGUGUCCCCUGCCAUGAGCAAGUUCCUCGGUGUCUCCGAGGCUUCUCGUACCGAUGCCGUCAAGAAAGUGUGGGAGUACAUCAAACUCAGAAACCUCCAGAACCCUACAAAUAAAAGGGAGAUCCGUUGCGAUGAAAAGUUGAAGACCAUAUUUGAUGGAAAAGACAUGGUUGGAUUCCUGGAGAUUGGAAAAUUGCUGUCGCCCCAUUUUGUGUAAACAGACUGAGACU